AUGAUCUGCUCGUCUUGCCGGCGCAGCUUUCUCAACCGCCUGCGCUCCGUCCACAUACAACCACAACAACCACUGUACAAUACACCACUCUCGAUACGAUCCGUGGCAACGGUCCCUUCCACACGGAAUGCAGCACCUCCUCAAGCGCCGGCGUCAAUCUCAAUAGACGGUGUCGGCAACCCAACCCAAUCGUCCAACACAGCUGGUAAAUCCCAACCGCUGUCCGAACCACACACACCUUCUACAUCGAGCGCAAAGUCGGGCACAGGACCAUCCUCGACGAAAAGCGCUACAUCCAAGAAACAGCAACCCUCGAGACCCAAGAGUUCUGUACCGGGUGGCGCGGAGCUCAAGGGUCUCGGGUACACCAAGGCGCAGCCCAAGAUCAUAGCACUAGAAGACGACGAGUACCCAGACUGGUUAUGGACGUUGCUGGACGACAAGAAGAUGGCUCCAGGUGAAACAGUCGAUUUAUCAGUAAUGACAAAGAAACAACGAGCACGCUAUGAAAAGAAACAAGCCCGUCUUCUCGAGUCGAUCCCCAAGACGGUCCCUGUGCACGAACAGAGCAAAGACAUCACUGGACCUGGAGACGAUGCAGUGACGAGUCUUGAGCGACGGCACGAAAUCACGAAAUCCGCCCGCGCCGCCCGCAGACGUGGUAUCCGCGAGAGCAACUUUUUGAAAUCAAUGUAA